AUGUCAUUACACGGUAAUGACGUUUGUUUGCUAGAAGUAGAAGAUUACAACUUGUACGAAGAGGAGGCAUCUGAUCACGCUCUAACCAGUGAAAAGCACUCAAACUCUGGAAGUAAGACCAUGGAGGCAGAGAAAAGGAUUCGAAGAGAGAUUGCUAACAGCAAUGAAAGAAGACGUAUGCAGAGCAUCAAUGCUGGCUUUCAAGCAUUACGUACUUUGUUACCACGUCAUGAGGGAGAAAAGCUCAGCAAAGCUGCCAUACUGCAACAGACUGCUGAAUAUAUAUAUAAUUUAGAGCAAGAAAAAACCAGGCUACUCUCUCAAAAUUGUCAGUUAAAAAGAUUGCUCAACCAACAUGAAGGUGGCGAAAUUCCUUUGAAAAAGAGGAAAGCUGAAAUUGUUACUCAUGUACCAGCUAUUAUACCUGACUCUACAGAAGAUACAAUGACUAAUACUCGAUCACCUGAACCUGUUCCUGUAAUAUCUGUUACUAGUGCACCACAGAAAAAAGACCCUGAGAGCAAUGAAUUGCGUGUUCAGUUGGAUCGUGAACGGCGACUCCGGCGCCACCUAGAAGAGCGCCUACAUACACUGGAAGCACAAAUCUAUCCCAGUAAUGAACAUGAACUGCCUCGUCCAGUGAUACAUUUUGACCAGACAGAUAUUGCUGAUUGUAAAUUAGAGAGUGAGGAAGUUGAGACUCCACCUGUAGAAGUUACAACACCUGUGGUUGCUGCUCCUUUAUUGGAAGCAGCCAUCAAGGCUGAACCCCGUGUCGAGGUGGAAGUACUGCCAGAUGCAUCACAUGAUGCAGCAUCACGCUUGUAUUUAGCAAGCACAAGUCGACAAAACCUGGAAACUAUUGUGGAGGCCAUUCGCCAUCUAGAAGGUGAUCAUCUAUUCCGUGAAGAAGUAGGCGACGCUCCUUUAGCUCUGACUAAGAAGGCAGAUCAUGCGCCACCACCGAGACCGGGUGUUAUCGUGGUGAAGCAUUCGUGA